UUAUUGGGAUUAGUGGGUUAUACAGCACAAGGCAUCAAAAUUUCAAAAUCUCACCUUCCUUCUUCCUCCUCUCACUAACUCUCUGCAACUCCAACCUCCUCAACAAUGGCGGAUUCCAAACCCCUAAUUUAACCACCAAUCCGAAAUCCCCAAAAUGCCCUCCUCCUCCUCCUCCCCAUUUUCCUCCUUCCUCACCUUCUUCUCCUUCCUCAUUUCCUUCUCCUCCUCUCUCAACUCCGAUGGCCUCUCCCUUCUCGCCCUCAAGGCCGCCAUUGAAACCGACCCAUCUCACGUCCUCGCGUCCUGGUCCGACUCCGACUCCACCCCAUGCCACUGGCCUGGAAUCCUCUGCACCCGCGACAGAGUCACUCACCUCUCUCUUACCAACAAAGGCCUCACCGGCUACAUCCCUUCCGAGCUUGGCCUCCUCGAUUCCCUCCAGCGCCUCAGCCUCGCUUUCAACAAUUUCUCUAAACCGAUUCCGGUUCAUCUCUACAACGCCACCAAUCUCGUCUUCCUCGACCUCUCUCACAACUCCCUCUCCGGUCCGGUUUCGGAUCAAAUCGGCGAACUCCGGAAUCUCCGGCAUCUCGAUUUGUCCUCUAAUUCCCUCAAUGGGUCUCUCCCGAAGCGGCUGACGGAGUUGACGGAACUUGUCGGGACUCUCAAUUUGUCCUACAAUCGAUUCUCCGGCGAGGUUCCGCCGUCGUUUGGGAACCUCCCGCUGAUUGUGAAUCUCGAUGUUCGUCACAAUAACCUCACCGGAAAGAUUCCGCAGGUGGGUUCGCUGUUGAAUCAAGGCCCGACGGCUUUCUCCGGCAACCCAAGUCUUUGUGGGUUUCCGUUACAGACGCUAUGUCCGGAAGCUCAGAACCCGAAUGUUAUCCCUGAGAAUCCGCAGAAUCCCAAGUCGUUGAACGGUAAUUUUCAAGGAUACGGCGGAGGGAGAGCUACAAGGGGGAGUGGCGCCGCUGCGACGGUGGCGGUGGUGUCAUCAAUAUUCGCGGUGAUGGGGGUUGUGUCGCUGACGGUGUGGUUGUUCCGGAGGAAGGCGGAAGUGAGGAAGCGAGAUGUGGGCAAAUCGGGAAAGGGGAGUCCGGAGGGGAACAGUGAGGGGGAUUUGGAAGGGCAAGACGGUAAAUUCGUAGUGAUCGAUGAAGGGAUGAAUUUGGAAUUAGAGGAUUUGUUGAGGGCAUCGGCGUACGUGGUGGGGAAGAGUAGGAGUGGGAUAGUGUAUAAGGUAGUGGCUGGGCGGGGAUCUGGUGCGGCCGCGAGUAUUGUAGCUGUAAGGAGACUUAACGAUGGUGAUGCCACGUUGACGUUCAAGGAUUUUGAGUAUGAGAUGGAGUCCAUUAGUAGGGUCCACCAUCCCAACAUCCUACGGUUGAUAGCUCAUUACUAUGCAAUUGAUGAGAAAUUGGUGGUCACUGAUUUCAUCAACAAUGGAAGCUUGCACUCUGCCUUACAUGGAGGCCCCUCCAGUUCUUUGUCACCUCUGCCAUGGUCUGCAAGGUUAAAAAUUGCCCAAGGAGCUGCAAGGGGUUUGGCAUAUAUUCAUGAAUUCGGUGCUCGGAAGUACGUACAUGGAAACAUAAAAUCGACGAAGAUUCUUCUCGACGAUGAUCUUGAGCCUUACGUUUCAGGUUUCGGACUCACUCGUCUCAGCCAAGGAGCAUCCAAAAAGUUAAGCUCAAGCCAGAAUAUGAUCACCACCUCAAUCAUGGGGCCAAGCAUGACAACUCCCUCAGCAAUGUACUUAGCGCCAGAGGUUCGUGAGUUUGGAGGGAAGUACACUCAGAAAUGCGACGUUUAUUCAUUUGGUAUUGUCCUCCUUGAGCUUUUGAGCGGUCGAUUGCCUAAUGCAGGCUCGGAGACCGAUGGGGGGAAGGGGUUGGAAUGUUUCGUGAGGAAGGCGUUUCAAGAAGAGCGCCCCUUGACCGAGAUUAUAGACCCGGCACUCGUGCCGGAGAUUUAUGCCAAGAAACAAGUGGUUUCGACAUUUCACAUUGCGCUGAAUUGCACAGAGCUUGAUCCCGAGCUUCGUCCUCGAAUGCGAUUGGUUUCGGAGAGUCUCGAUCGAAUCAAAUCGCAGUGAAGAGAUCUGGGUGGUGUUACUUUGAUUUUAGAGGCGUAGCUGUGAAAUUAUUUCAAUUGCUCUUUCACUAGAACAGUCAAAGAGUUGUGCCAUUUAAGAAAUGAAAGUUCCUCUUUUUUA